CUGCCAGAAACAACGGAUGACACCUUUCUCUCGUCGCGAGCGCAGCGCCAUAUACGGGGCAAUCCAGAGUAAUGCAGUCCGCAUUUUAUCUCCAACCAUUCUGCUCGUUGCGUAAACACGGAAGUUACCGGAAUCGUUGUCUUGGCUUGCUGUCAGAAUUUCAAUCUAAAUCGGAGCAUAGGUCCUGUUUCAGCCGUAUCUUACCACUGUAGCACUGUGUAAAGCCACGAUGCGGUUCACAGCGCUUUGUAUUGUUUUGAUCUGCGUGUCUCAGGCUGGUACAUUUCCAUUGCUGGAAAAAAAUGAUAAAGAGCCUCCCAGUAAAAAAGAUAAAAAUUCCAAAGAAGAGAAGAUAACUAGUCCACAGACUGCAGUAGCAAGUAAGACUGAAGAAGUUAAAGCCCCGGAAGACAACUUCAAGAAGAGUGACACUGAAAAAUAUAUAAAAGAAACUAGAAAUUCUUUUGACAAUAAUGAAGGCAGCAAAACAAAGGAAAUGCCUUCAAAGAACAAAGCUGAUUCAGUGAACUCAAACGAUGAAAACACAGAUAAACAGGAUGAUGAGAAAACCAAAUCCGAUACUUCUGUAGAUGGUAAAGGUGAUGAGAAAACCAAAUCCGAAACUUCUGUAGAUGGUAAAGGUGAUGAGAAAACCAAAUCCGAUACUUCUGAAGAUGGUAAAGGUGAUGAGAAAACCAAAUCCGAUACUUCUGUAGAUGGUAAAGGUGAUGAGAAAACCAAAUCCGAAACUUCUGUAGAUGGUAAAGGUGAUGAGAAAACCAAAUCCGAUACUUCUGUAGAUGGUAAAGGUGAUGAGAAAACCAAAUCCGAAACUUCUGUAGAUGGUAAAGGUGAUGAGAAAACCAAAUCCGAUACUUCUGAAGAUGGUAAAGGUGAUGAGAAAACCAAAUCCGAUACUUCUGAAGAUGGUAAAGGUGAUGAGAAAACCAAAUCCGAAACUUCUGUAGAUGGUAAAGGUGAUGAGAAAACCAAGUCCGAAACUUCUGUAGAUGGUAAAGGUGAUGAGAAAACCAAGUCCGAAACUUCUGUAGAUGGUAAAGGUGAUGAGAAAACCAAGUCCGAAACUUCUGUAGAUGGUAAAGGUGAUGAGAAAACCAAAUCCGAAACUUCUGUAGAUGGUAAAGGUGAUGAGAAAACCAAGUCCGAAACUUCUGUAGAUGGUAAAGGUGAUGAGAAAACCAAAUCCGAAACUUCUGUAGAUGGUAAAGGUGAUGAGAAAACCAAGUCCGAAACUUCUGUAGAUGGUCCAAAGGAAUCAAAUAAUGGAGCUACAGAUAAUCAAAAUCCAACCACUCCAAAGAACCCUACAGGCAGUGAAGCAAAGGAUCAUCAGAUGAGCACCAUUCAGAAAUCCGAAGAGGAGCAAGAAGUUGGAGAAGCAGAAACUGAGACUAAAGAACCAGACCAAAAAGCUACUUCACCACUUGCAGAUACUGAGGAUGAGAUUGAGGAUGAGGAGGAUGGCGAUGAUGAUGAUGGUGAAAUUGGUAAUUAUGAUUCAAAUCCUCAGGACUCUGUUGUUGACCGAAAAUCAGAGAUUGAAACAGUUGACAAGAAAACUAAAACGAAAGACAAUCUUCAGCUAGAGGAGGCCCCAGAGAACAGCCAUUUCUUUGCCUACCUCGUCUCUGCUGUUAUACUGGUGGCCGUGCUCUACAUUGCCAAUCACAACAAGCGCAAGAUCAUCGCAUUUUUCGUUGAGGGCCGGAGAUCAAGAGGCACGCGGAGACCCAAAACAUCAGAUUACCAAAAACUCGAGCACCUUUGAGGAGGUCCCAGAUGUUCCUUUGAUUGCCCUGUAGGUGGUGGACGAAUCAAAAUAUAUUGACUGUGACAUUGAAACUUAAAUGAUCGAUUAUGAGGCAUACAUCACGAUUGUUUGGCAGUUGUCACUUAACUCACCAAAAUAAUCUUAAUAAUGACAAAUCCUUAACUGUACAUUGCAUGUCACUGCAGUCAGGUAUGUUAGAAACAAAGUCUGUUGUAGUUCUCCAAAUUACCAGGGUUUCAUGAUCUUCAAUCAAGAUCAAAGUGAGACAAAUACAAACAUUUACUUCAUACAGUAGUUAGUGUUUGUUUGAAUCAGUGGCCUGUUUUUCAAUUCAAAAGUUUUUUUGUUUUUAGGUUUUUUUACUCAGAUUUAUUACUAAACUAAUUGUCUAAUAGAAAUAAACAAUAUGUAUAUUUUUGAAAGUACUUGCAGACAUGAAAGAUGUUGGGAAAUGAAUGAGUUGUUGCAGGCAUGGUUGUCAUUAUGAAGUUUUGAAUAAUAACGGGUUGCUGAUUGAAGUCUUAACUGAAAGAUGAGGUCAUAAGGACGUUAAUGAUUGAAGUUGAUCACACAUUUAUAGGGCAUGUGAAUUGCACUUUCUACCUGUGCCGAUGAGGAAACGAGUGGUAGGCUUUUUCAAGCUUUAAUGUUUCCACAUGAUUAAUGUUCUGCACACCCGCCUCCAGAUCAAACACUUCUCUGCACUCUCCGACAGUGAGAAUGUGGUGAAAUCAACAUUUAUAUUCAUUUUAUCUAUUAUUUUAAGUAGUAUUAAAGGAAAUAGGAAAUCGGAUGGGAUUUGAACCAUGGUCGCUAGGACAGCAGUACACAUUCACACUGCCUUUACACCUAUUUAGUUUUUCGUAUAUUUCUCUGGUUCCACCAGACUAUUGGGGUGCAAAAAGCUGACCUGUGUAUAUAUAAUUAAUACAGUAUUUAAAGGUACAGCCUGAAAGUGUUGAGCUCCAUCGUCCCCCAGCUGUCGUUACAAAAAGCGUAUUUGUUUGAAAGCAUGAAGAAUGCUGCCAAUAAAAGGAUUUAUAUAAGAGUCUGAUAGUUGCAGCAGUAAAGAAGAAUGGUUUUGGUGUAGACAAAUCGAGCAAGAGACAUGUUUGCUGUGCCAAAUUCGAGACUGUGCCAUGAAAUGAGAGAUUUAUACUGUUUUAUUCCGUUUUUAAUUUGUUUUAUGCCAUGUUCUGUUGUGCAUGUGUGUGAUGAUAAUUCAAGAAAUGACUAGUGGCUUUGCACAUAACCACUUUUCUUGAAAUGCUGGACCUAUUUUGAAUUAUGUGGGUUACAUUUUUUGAAGGGGAUUUUACUUGCCUGUCUACUGUGGUCUAUGUUUUACCUCUAUUGCUACUUUUUCACAAGUAAUAUUCUACAGUGAAGAGAAAUGGAAUAAAGGUUUGAAUUUGACCUCCGACUAGUCGCUUUUAUAGCAUCAGCCUUGUUUAUCUGAUAAAACCUGACUUGGUCAUUUGAAUACUGUCAAAUGAAUCGUGUGAUUCAUUGAAAGCAAGGAAAUCUGAGCUUUGUGCAAAUUAGUUAACAUGGUCAGUGUCACAAAUUUGCUUAUACUUCAUAAUUGACCUAGAAAUCAUGCAUAAUCGUAAAAUUUCUUCAUUUUACAUAACUUUUCUGUUUUAAAUUAUUCAAAAUAUUGAACGUGGUGUCAGACUUUUGGAGACCAUUGUAUGUGUCUGUCCCCAUACAUGUCACUGCUUUAAAACCUGGUGUAUCUUAAAUAAUAAUAAUUAUUAUUUUAUUUUUGCUUUUCUGAGAUAUACUGUAUAUAUACAGUACUGUGCAAAAGUUUUAGGCACUUGUGAAAAAUGUUGCAUAGUGAGGAUGUCUUCAAAAUUAAUGACAUAAAUAGUUUUCAUUUAUCAGUUAACAUCAUACAAAGUCCAGUAAACAUAAAAAAAGCUAAAUCAAUAUUUGUGUGGCCACCUUUUCCUUUAAAACAGCACCAAUUCUCCUAGGUACACCUGGACACAGUUUUUCUUGGUUGUUGGCAGAUAUGAUGUUCCAAGCUUUUUGGAGAAUUCGCUACAGUUCUUCUAUUUAUUUAGGUUGUCUCAAUUGCUUCUGUCUCUUUAUGUAAUCUCAGACUGACUCGAUGUUCAGUGGGGGGCUCUUGUGGGGGCCAUGACAUCUGUUGCAGGGCUCCCUGUUCUUCUGUUCUAAUCUUUUUGCAAAAAGUAUGUUUGGAAGUAUACAGUUUAUAUUUCCUAUUGACACACUAAAGCUGAAGAUAUAAAUAACCAUCUUAAGACAAAUGCUUUUGUGAAACAUCUUAAGUGCCUAAAACUUUUGCACAGUACUGUGUGUGUGUGUGUGUGUGUGUGUGUGUGUGUGUAUAUAUAUAUAUAUAUAUAUAUAUAUAUAUAUAUAUAUAUAUAUAUAUAUAUAUAUAUAUAUAUAUAUAUUAGUAUACAUAGGGCUAUGUAUAUAUUCUAUUCCAUCAGAGACUGAAUACUCCACAUAUUUUUUGGCUACUUAUAUUGUUAUAAACAUUAUGUAAGGUUUCUGCACUAAUUUACCUUUUUAAAAAAAAGUUUUUUUUUUUGUUUUUUUUUUAGUAUAAUUUUCACAUCUCUAAAACAUGCUGUUUUUGUUACUGUGCCUUUAACACUAUAUGUAAAUGACCUCUGUUAUGGGUGGUCAUAUGUUAAUAUGCUCAUUGUUGUGACAUCAGACCAUGAUGAUUUCUAAAUCAGUGGUUGCUAGCAGGUCUUGCUUAAAAAGCAAACAAUUUACAAAAAUAUAUUUUUAUUAAUAUUAAGUAAAAAUAAUAAUUACAUAAUUAAAAUAAAAUUUUAAAUUGAUACAUGAAUAUUUGAUAAUAAUAUUAUAUAUUAUAAAAUGUCUAUAUUAUGACUACACUCCAAAAAAAAAAAAAAAAAAAAAAAUAUUAUAUAUAUAUAUAUAUAUAUAUUAACUUAUUUCUAAGAUUUACACAUUUCAAUUUCAUAACACAUUUCCAUCAAAUUUAAUUGCGUAAUCUUUAACAAAAUUAAAUAAAAUAAAACUUGAAUUUAUUUAAGUUUUGUGCAUUUAAUUUAGUUAAAGAUUAUGCAGUUCAAUUAUUUGGACAUUUGUUAUGAAAUUGAAAUGCAUAAAUCUUAAUAAAUUGGCAAAACUAUUUUUAAAAGUCUAUUAAUAAAAUCCACAUUAUUUCAGAAAUAUUAUUUGAAUAAAUUUUAUAACCAUUUUAAUACACACGUACUAUUUUAAAAUUAAUUCUUUGUAGUAAUAUGUAAUAAAUCAGGUGAACACAAUAAUGAUUUCGAAAUUGCGAAACCUUUUUUAACUGGGUUAUAGACAGUAAGUAGGUUUAGGACGGUUUUAUCAGUCAACCAUGACCUGCUGACACACCCAGAAUCUGAUGAAGAUUGUGGAAUAAAGAAAAAACAGACUACGAGUGAGAUUACAGCCUAAAGUAUGAACUACACAACCACAGAAAACAAUUUAACGGGUUUAAUUUUUCUCAAAUCAAAUAAAAUGAGUUUAUAGGUUUGAUAUGUUAACUUUGUUUCACAAUGUUUCUUCCAUUCAGUCAGUACACUGAAUGUUAUUGCUCUGUUUAUAGCGUACUCACUUUAAUAAGAAUGUUUCAUUAUGUAGAAGAUCAAAUUGAUAUAUAUAUCUAUUAUUUAUUGGCUAUAUGUUCAAAUUUUAUACAGCCUCUUAUAAUGUUAUUAAAGGUUUCUUGCACCGAAA